AUGCAUUCAUCCCUUAAUCGUCUACAAGCCGUCUUCGGCUUCUUCACCACCGUCGCUUUGGUGGUGGCCGGAUUCGCCGCGCUCUCGGUGCUCCUGUUUCCCACGGAUACAACGACGGCGUCGGUGCAGCUGAAGAAUGUCCAGGUCGUCAAAGGCCGACCACAUUACUACUCCACCAAACGUGAAGAAUACGCCCAAAUCCGCUUCGACCUCGACGCAGACCUCUCCCCCCUCUUCAACUGGAAUACAAAACAAGUUUUCGUCUACGUCUACGCCACCUACUCCUCCUCCGACAACGCAAACACGCAAACCCGUGCCUCCGAAGCUAUAAUCUGGGACUCUAUCAUCCCCGCCUCCCCAUCGCCGUAUUCCUGGGAUAUUCUGAAGGAAAAAGCUACCGCGUUGAUUCCUUCCUCUAUCACUUCUGCUUUGACCAAGUCCUCCAACGCUAAGCGCGCUGCCAGGACCAAGACCAAGACCAAGACCAAGACUAGCGCUGCAAAGAAUAAGAAGACGGCUGAGCCUGAGACGCCGGGUGUCCUGCGGUUGCGGGGGCAGAAGGGGAAGUAUCAGAUUAGUGAUAUUACGGGACGAUUGGCGGAGAGGUCGAAUGUGACGUUGUCGGUGGGUUGGAAUGUGCAGCCGUGGGUUGGGGCGUUGUGGUGGGCUCCUGCGACGGGGGCGGUGCCUAGGACGGAGGGUCAGAUUGUGAGUAGUGAGAGCUUUGAUUUCCCCACUUUGAAGGGGAAGAAGGUUGAGGGGCAGACGGGGCAGGCGAGUGCGCAGUAA